AUUACCUACCUUUUCUCAAAUCGCUGAGCCCGGAAGAUGGACAUCCUUUUUUGCCUCCUAAAUACUUUCUCAUUGUAUUGUACGUUCAAUAUCAGGUCAUAUACAUCCCAUUGUACAUUACAUAUAUCUGCAUAAUAAAAAAGUCAUGAGCAUAAAUCGGGUGGUCUGGCGUCUAGGCAGGCUUAAGCGCCUGUGUACACGACGAAUUCUGGCGUUGCAUUUCGACCGUCAUCAUCUUUGGGCUGAAGCAAAAUGUCUCCAUACUUAUCCCGCGCCAUUCCGAGAUUUUCACCUGCAAGCUCCGCCUCCUACCUGAAGACACGAUUCAUAAAUACCACACCCGCGUAUCCGGGUCACAUACCUCUGAAUUCAUUCGAAAACGCGUUCUUGGCUGUAGGUUCAGCUGUAAUGUCUUUAUUAGAUCCUUACAGGGCAGAUUUGAUUGCUGCCCUGGGGGAAACUACGGCUGGACCUGCGCUUCCUCGUCUGAGGGACAUCAUGCUGGCGACUUCCGAAGGUAGACGGAUACUGAAAGACAGACCUAGAAUCAACACCAGGACAGUUGAUAUGAACGCGCUCGCACAGCUUCCAGAGGGCACUUGGGGCCGCACAUAUAAAACCUGGCUUGAGCGAACAGGCGUCACCCCAGAUUCUCGAGAGCCUGUGCAUUAUAUUGAUGAUCCAGAACUAGCAUAUGUGAUGCAACGCUACCGCGAAUGCCACGACUUUUAUCAUUGCAUUUGCAAUUUCUCUGUAAACGUCGAGUCAGAGCUUGCAAUCAAGUAUUUCGAGUUUGCCAACCUUGGUCUUCCGCUAGCUGCCAUAUCUGCGAUAGGUGGCCCUUUGCGCCUCAAUGCGAAGAAACGCAGUGUUCUAUUUUCAGAAUAUGUUCCCUGGGCGUUGAAGUAUGGAAGCACUUCGCAGUGUUUGAUUGGUGUUUAUUGGGAGAAGCGUUGGGAGCAGGACGUGGAAGAGUUGAGGACGGAACUUGGAAUACGAGAUUCCCCGGCGAAGUGGUCGAAGAAAUCCAUGGGUACAAUGGCAUCUGCGGCAGUUGAGAAUUCUGCUGAUUUCGCUUCGAGCCCAAUUCGCUCAUGAUGACACGUUCAUUCUCUUUCGUUCCCUCGUUAAUUUCUGAUUUUCUAGAGCUAAGCUUCUUUGAAAAAAUAAUAUCAUUGCGAUUGAUUAUCUGGCCUUCAUCUAGCUAUCAACUUUUACAGUCCCGUGCCCUGACUUCAAGUAGGGAGAUUGAAAACCUUGAAAUUCAGUAACCUUGCCAAA